ACACUUCACAUGAGCCCUAUGUUAAUGUAUAUGUGUGUUUGGGUUUAUGUUUCCAUUAAUGCUUGAGUGAAAGGAGCGAUAAUUCAGUUUCACUUACCAAGAGAGCGUCUCUCUUUCUCUCUCUCAGGAGAAAGAGCAUUCAGGCAUACAUUCAUUCUGAAUUUUCACGGAAAAAAAUAGAAAAAGCGUCCAUUUACACAUUCAGGCCCAUUCGUUCUAAUGACUGUCAUUUUAACCACAAUGAGCCCAGUGUUUCAGGUGUUUGCCCAUUCAUCAUCGCUCCGAUUCAUUGUUGAUUUGCCUGGACUGCGAAGCGAAAGCGCAUGAUCAAUGAGUCUUCCCGCUGUGUCCAAUUCAAAAGGAAUGACCCCGCUUUCUUUUUCUCCUCUCCUCUCAUUGCUUUCUCCCAGUGGAGGGAAAAUUGGGAGGAGAUCAGCGGGGUGGAUGAGCACUACACUCCCAUCAGGACCUUCCAGGUGUGCAACGUGAUGGAGUAUAGCCAGAACAACUGGCUUCGCACCAAUUGGAUCCCUCGCCAGUCGGCCCAAAAGAUCUACGUGGAGCUGAAGUUCACCCUGAGGGACUGCAACUCCAUCCCCCUGGUGUUGGGCACCUGCAAGGAGACCUUCAAUCUCCUCUACCAGGAGACGGACGACGACCAGGGCAGCCACUUCAGAGAACACCAGUACACUAAGAUUGACACCAUCGCCGCUGAUGAGAGUUUCACCCAAAUGGACCUUGGAGAUCGCAUCCUCAAGCUGAACACUGAGGUACGCGAGGUGGGUCCUAUGACCAAGAAAGGCUUCUACCUGGCGUUCCAGGACGUGGGCGCCUGUGUAGCUUUGGUUUCAGUGAGGGUUUACUUCAAGAAGUGCCCGAACACUGUGAGGAAUCUGGCCUCCUUCCCUGAUACGGUGCCCAUGGACUCCCAGUCGCUGGUGGAGGUCAAAGGGUCAUGUGUCAAUCACUCCAAAGAGGAGGAGCCUCCGCGAAUGUACUGCAGCACAGAGGGCGAGUGGCUCGUGCCAAUCGGGAAGUGUCUAUGUAACCCGGGUUAUGAGGAGAGAAGCAACACCUGCCAAAUGUGCAGGGCGGGCUUCUACAAAUCAACUGUUGGAAAUAUGGAGUGUUCCAAGUGUCCGCCUCAUAGUUUCUCUCACCACGAGGGGUCGCUGCACUGUGGCUGUGAGAAAAACUACUUCCGUGCCGAAGGAGAUCCUGCGUCCAUGGCCUGUACCCGACCCCCUUCAGCUCCUCGAAAUGUCAUCUCUUCCAUCAAUGAGACUUCGGUCAUCCUGGACUGGAGCUGGCCGGAGGACGCCGGCGGCCGCAGGGACAUCACCUUCAAUGUCCUCUGCAAGCGCUGCCGGGGCGGGGGCGCUAACGGCAGUAACGGUGGCAACCUGCGUUGUGAGCCGUGCCGGAGCAAUGUUCACUUUCUGCCGAGAGCCACGGGUCUCCACAACACCACGGUGACGGUGGGCGACCUGCUAGCCCACACCAACUACACCUUUGAGAUUGAAGCACUGAACGGUGUGUCAUCGCUGGCACCCAAGAUGAGGCAGUAUGCCGCCGUCACCAUCACCACCAACCAAGCUGCUCCCUCCCCGGUGACAGUGAUCAGAAAGGAGAAGACGUCUCGAAACAGCGUCUCCCUGUCCUGGCAGCAGCCAGAGAGACCCAACGGCAUUAUCCUGGACUACGAGAUCAAAUACUACGAAAAGGAGGAGCAGGAGACCAGCUACACCAUCCUCCGUGCUCGGGGCUGUAACGUGACUCUGAAUGGUCUGAAGCCAAACACGGCCUACUUGCUGCAGAUCAGAGCGCGCACUGCAGCCGGAUACGGAGCCAGCAGCCCCAGCUUCCAGUUUGAGACCAGCCCUGACUCAGCCUUCUCCAUUUCCAGUGAGAGCAGCCAGGUUGUUCUGAUCGCCAUUUCCUCCGCCGUGGCCAUCAUCCUGCUCACUGUGUUGCUGUACGUCCUGAUUGGCAGGUUUUGUUGCCACAGCAAAUCCAAACAUCCUGAUGAGAAAAGACUGCAAUUUGGCAACGGCCACUUGCGUCUGCCGGGUAUCAGGACCUACGUCGACCCCCACACGUAUGAGGACCCGAGCCAGGCUGUGCACGAGUUUGCCAAGGAGCUGGACGCCUCCUGCAUUGCCAUCGACAAAGUGGUGGGAGCAGGUGAGUUUGGCGAGGUGUGCAGUGGUCGCCUGAAGCUGCCCAGCAAGAAGGAGAUCUGUGUGGCCAUCAAGACUCUCAAAGGAGGAUACACUGAUAAGCAGAGGCGGGACUUCCUCGCUGAGGCAUCAAUCAUGGGACAGUUUGACCACCCCAACAUCAUCAGGCUGGAAGGGGUGGUAACACGCAGUAAACCCGUCAUGAUUGUCACAGAAUACAUGGAGAAUGGAUCCUUGGACAGCUUCUUAAGAAAACACGACGCCCAGUUUACAGGGAUCCAGUUGGUUGGCAUGCUGCGUGGCAUCGCCUCAGGCAUGAAGUAUCUUUCAGACAUGGGCUACGUUCACCGAGACCUGGCAGCGCGAAACAUCCUGGUCAACAGCAACCUGGUGUGUAAAGUGUCAGACUUUGGCCUGUCCCGAGUUCUGGAGGACGACCCGGAGGCUGCUUACACCACCAGGGGAGGUAAGAUUCCCAUCAGGUGGACAGCUCCAGAGGCUAUCGCCUACAGGAAGUUUACGUCAGCCAGUGAUGCUUGGAGUUAUGGCAUUGUCCUCUGGGAAGUGAUGUCAUACGGGGAACGACCAUACUGGGAGAUGUCUAAUCAGGAUGUAAUAAAGGCUGUAGACGAAGGAUACCGCCUCCCCCCACCCAUGGACUGCCCUGCCACCCUCUACCAGCUGAUGUUGGACUGCUGGCAGAAAGAGCGGAACAACCGGCCUAAGUUUGAACAGAUUGUCAGUAUCCUGGAUAAACUCAUCCGUAACCCUGGAAGCCUCAAAAUCACUGCCAACACCACAUCCAGGCCGGCCAACCUGUUGCUGGACAGGAGCAGUUCAGAGGUCCCCUCCAUGGGGACGCUGGGGGACUGGAUGGAUGGAAUGAGGACUUUGCCCUGCAAAGAGGCCUUCUCUGGGGUCAGCUACAGCUCCUGUGACACCCUGGCCAAGACCUCCACAGAGGAUCUGAAAAAGGUUGGAGUGACUAUCGUAGGACCUCAGAAGAAGAUCGUGAGCAGUCUCAAAGCCCUUGAUUCCCACACCAAGAAUGGCCCGGUACCUGUUUAAGAAAUUAACCCAGCGAGUACAAACACCAGAGACCUGUCUGCCGGUGUGGUUGCUAAUCACAGUCGAACACAGUGGCUUCAUACGUAAAGUGGAGACAGACAGAAAUGGAGGGAAAAUAUGAUUCAUAUGAGGGCUUUGCUGUUUCGUUGGAAGACAGUUAUCAUGUCAGGGAAACAGGAAAUUAGUUCAAUGCAGACUUUUGAUCCUCCAUCCCUCCAUGCCCAAGUUGAGAUGCCUUACAGACUAAAUGGGGGUAGAAAAAGCAGACGAAAGCCAUGGAGGACAGGAGGACCUGCCCAGAGAUAUAAACUGGGCUGGACUAACAUAAAGACGGAGCUCUCCAUUAUAGCCCAUUCUCGAUCCCUAAGCCUUCCCUUUAUGGCUAAAAAGGGGACGGGCAUGCUCAUAGUCUCCUCCCACCUCGCCUGAGCAACAAGCCUGUGGAAACACGUCGGUGAAAUGUUUGAAACGCCUUGUGUAGGAGAGUAUGGCAGACAGCAGCAGCUUAAUCGGAUUUGGACCCUUCCUGGACAAUAAGGUCUGAGGCGUGAGAUUGUGUUUCUACAUUUACUGUCUCUAUCCAUAUGAGAACGGCACUGGUUGGACACACCUAAACGUUAACCAAGCCAUCUUACUCUGUAGCUCUAACCUAUAGCAUUUGCAUUCAGUAGUCACAUUAAAGCAAUAAGUAUGAUAAUCAGUUAAAUAGUCUCAUUGUAUGGAAGCCUUGAGUCUGUCACAAUGUACUGGACGCUGUGCUUUGAAGGUACAGGAGCCAUAACACAAUUCACACAGAUUUUUUCUUUAUCAUGACAUCUAUGUUCUAUGUCUUAUGAACAGAUAUUGUACAGUUAUAGUCCCGUUCCCUCAACCCAAUGCCCUUUGUGUGAAAUCUCAGGAUGUAUACGUUAUUCCUUCUAUUUUCUCUAAGGGGAAAUGGACAGAGGGGAUGGAGCAGUCACAGGAAUAAGAAAGACAGAAAAGGGGAAGCAGUAAGAGAGAGAUUUAUAAGAGGAAAAAUAUAACUUUUAUGAGAUGACGUACAGGCCUCUGCUUCAGGCAUUCUCGUUGGGCUGCGGAAGUGUUCGAAACUUGUAACCAGUUUCAAGUUGUACUUGAGUUUCUUCUUCAGGUAACAUGGAUUAACGUCUUCAACCCCACACAGCAUCAGCUAUCAUUUCCUUAAAAAAGGAUUGGGAUUUGUUUAGCACCUUGUUUAAAAGGUUGAGAUCUGAUCUGGAGAGGGGUUGUAGUCUUGCUUUAGUUUAAAUUUACUAACAUAACCCAUGCAGGAUCUAAAUUAGCUGUUAAAGUAAUCCAUGAAUCCUGCUGUGUGUAAUGCAAAUAGUAGAGUGCCUCCUGUAGUUGGGUGGGAUCAAGGUGGGAUCUCUAAGCAAAAAGCUCCAGUUUUGAUUUCUUCCCAACAAAGUCGAGUUGAUCUUUUUUUCUGUGUUCUAAUUUGGGCAUGGGGUUUUCCGAUCAUUGCGCUAAACCAACAAGGUGUGAAAAUUCUCUGAAUGAGAUGCAACUCUUCCAAUAAAUGAUUGCUUUCUGAGAUAGUACAAUAUAUGUCCAGGAUGGGAUUCCCUAAAGGCACCUUAGAGUUUAGAUGAGCUUUGAACAAAGAAGUACACACUUCAAGAUGGUAGUCUCCUGGUUUGAUGUCACCGAUUGGAUCCCUCAGUGCAACCAAAUCCAGUAUUUCUGCUGACACUUUGGUACUGUUGGAUGGGUCAUACUUAACCACAAGUGGUGCUGUCUUUACGCUUCUUCCAGGCACUUAGUAAACAAUAUUUGAGCACUUUUAAUGGAUAUGGUAUUGCCUCUGAUGGACGCUAAGCUUAUCUAAUGGAAAGGAAUGAUUCUGGUGCUUUUGGGAAACCCAUCCCUGUUCAGUGUGUCUGUCGGUCCUCUGUUACCCGGGCUACCUGUGGAUGCUGCUGUUGCUGCUAUGUGUUCUAAUUAGCAUGUACAUAAUGUAAACCGUCAUAAGGAUAGCAACUAGCGCUACAGAUCCCUCUAUAUGUACAUGGCCAUCCCUCUUUGUACAAAUGUUUGUAUGUAUAAAAGAAUAAAUAAAAAUUGUGCAACAUUUUUAAUUAAAAAAGAGACAAAAUCAUCUGUAUUAUAUGUUAUGUUAUUUUGGAUUUUAUUUGUCUGCCUUGUUUUUUUUUCUACAAUAAAAGGCAAUUAUGAUUACGUUAUUUAUUUGUUAACAUUAUACAGCACAAUGUUGAAGGUUUUGUAGCAUACAGUAAAUUAUGUGUCAGUGGUUUCUGUGUUUUGAUUUUUGACUUACUUUAUAAACCUGGGACAUCUGAAAGAGCAAUACUGUUAUGCACCCUAUAUCCAGACCCCCCCCCCAUUCUCUGUCUCAAGACUGACCCGUGUGUCUGUGUGAGAGUUUACGUGUGCAAAUGUAGAUGGCCUUGUCUACUAAUGUAAAAUGAUUUGUAGUGGAAACAUUUAUAUUUUUAUAAUAAAUAUUCGCAAAAUAUUUUCCAAAAAAUGGAUGACAAUA